AUGGGCUGGCGGUUGCAGCGGUUGAGGGGAGUGGAAGGGGAGCGGGAAGAUGGGGAAAGGGGAUCAGUUGGUAGCGCCAAGUGCAUUGAAUGUGUCAUGUUCUGUAUGAUACGCCUCAAAAGCAAGGAAUGCCCUCCGUCGGGGUGUGACACUCAAUGUAGAGGCAGGGAGAAUACAUGUGAAUGUCAACCUACCACCGAUUCAUCCACCGCCCCUUACAUCAUCGCCGCCGUCGCCCUCAUCAUCCUCGUCAUCUGCGUCAUGAUCUACUUCCGCGUCCGGCCGUUCCACAGGGUGCGCUAUCUACUGCGCAGCUGA